CUAUCCCCAGUUUGCAUAUUUUGCAUCCCAGUUUGCUAAAAAAUAAAAAUUGCUAAAAAAAUCUUGACGCGCUUGACGUUCAUAUAAAACACAUAUACACACAUUGUUUUAGUGUUAAACUGACCCUUUCAAUUUCUCUCUCUCUGCUCUCUCUUUCCUCUCUCUCUCAUUCAAUAUCAAUUCAACAAAACUUGUCCCUGCUUUUCCCCUUGCUCUGUUAGACACAUGAUUUUUUUAUUUUUCCCAACAUGUCCUAUGUAUCAUCGUAAUCAAACAAUAUUACUUGAUAAAUAUACCGUGUGUGUUAUUAAAAUACUAUCAUCCUGUAAAUUAUCAUUAUCAUACGGCUGACAGAUUAUCAAUCAUCUGGUUUAGUUGGUUGACAGAGAGAGGUGUUUAUUUAUAAUUUUUUAAAUAAGUUUUUCAUAUAUAUUUGUUGAUAAAAAACAAGCACUAUUAAGCGAAAUAUUGAAAUGAUGAAAAGCGGUGCUCUUCCUAAAAAGGAAAGCAAAAUGCGGAUACGUGCUUUUCCAACAACUGUUGAUGAAAAGUACGUUGAAAACAUUUGGAGCCUGCUUAAAAAUGCAAUUCAAGAAAUCCAAAAAAAAAAUAAUUCUGGACUCAGUUUUGAGGAACUAUAUCGUAAUGCAUAUACCAUGGUAUUGCAUAAAUAUGGUGAAAGAUUAUACACUGGUCUUAAAGAAGUUGUAACUCAACAUUUAGAAAAUAAAGUACGUGAAGAUGUACUUGAUUCAUUGCAUAAUAAUUUUUUACAAACACUUAAUCAAGCAUGGAAUGAUCACACAACAUCAAUGACUAUGAUUAGAGAUAUUCUGAUGUAUAUGGAUCGUGUUUAUGUACAACAAAAUAGUGUUGAUAAUGUUUAUAAUCUUGGACUAAUUAUAUUUCGUGAUCAAGUUGUUCGAUAUGGUUGUGUUAGAGAUCAUCUACGUGAAACAUUAUUGGGUAUGGUAUCACGUGAAAGAAGAGGUGAAGUUGUUGAUCGUAUGGCUAUUAAAAAUGCCUGUCAAAUGUUGAUGCGUUUGGGUAUAAAUUGUCGAUUAGUUUAUGAAGAAGAUUUUGAAAGACCAUUUUUACAACAAAGUGCUGAAUUUUAUCGGAUGGAAUCACAAAAAUUUUUAGCUGAAAAUAGUGCAUCAGUUUAUAUUAAAAAAGUUGAGGCAAGAAUUUCUGAAGAAUCUGAAAGAGCUAAACAUUAUCUUGAUGAAUCAACUGAAUCAAGAAUUGUUGAAGUUGUUGAAGAGGAACUUAUUAAAGUUCACAUGAAAACAAUUGUUGAGAUGGAAAAUAGUGGUGUUGUUCAUAUGUUAAAACAUCAAAAAACAGAUGAUCUUGGCUGUAUGUAUAAGCUAUUUUCACGUGUCAAUGAAGGUCUAAAAACAGUUUGUGAUUGUGUGUCAAGUUUCUUAAGAGAACAAGGAAAAUCAAUGGUACAAGAAAAUCAAGAUGCAUCAUCAAAUGCUGUACAUUUUGUACAAAAUUUACUUGACUUGAAAGAACGUUUCGAUCAUUUUCUUCAUCAUUCAUUUAAUAAUGAUAAAUUAUUUAAACAAAUGAUUGUAUCAGAUUUUGAAUAUUUUCUUAAUUUAAAUACAAAAAGUCCAGAGUAUCUUUCAUUAUUUAUUGAUGAUAAAUUAAAAAAAGGAGUCAAAGGAAUGACUGAACAAGAAAUUGAAGGAAUUCUCGACAAGACAAUGGUACUCUUUAGAUUUUUACAAGAGAAAGAUGUAUUUGAACGUUAUUAUAAACAACAUUUGGCAAAACGUUUGCUGUUAAAUAAAUCAGUAUCUGAUGACAGUGAAAAAAAUAUGAUAUCAAAACUUAAGACUGAAUGUGGAUGUCAAUUUACAUCAAAACUCGAAGGAAUGUUUAAGGAUAUUACAGUCAGCAAUACAACAAUGGAUGAAUUUAAAGAUCACGUUAUGGCAUCAGGUAUAAAUUUACGUGGUGUUGAUUUGAGUGUACGUGUAUUGACAACUGGUUUUUGGCCAACUCAAUCAGCAACACCAAAAUGUAGUAUGCCAUCAUCAGCACGUGAGGCAUUUGAUUGUUUUCGUCGUUUUUAUCUUGCAAAACAUAGUGGUAGACAAUUGACAUUACAACCACAACUUGGAUCAGCUGAUUUAAAUGCUGUAUUUCAUGGAGGACAAAAAAAAGAUGAUAUAAAUUGUAGUAGUGGUGUAGGUCUAGCUGUAAGUGGUAGUGGUGGUGCUGGUAGUAGUAGUAAUAAUAGUUUUGAAACACCAUCAUCAACAAGUUCAAUAAGUAAUUCAAGUUGUCCAAGUGGAAGUAGUAUUAAUCAACAACGUGUUAAUUGUAAUUCAAAUAUAAGAAAACACAUAAUUCAAGUAUCAACUUAUCAAAUGUGUGUAUUAAUGCUGUUUAAUAAUCGUGAUAAAUUAACAUAUGAAGAAAUUCAAAGUGAAACAGAUAUACCAGAAAGAGAUCUUGUUAGAGCAUUACAAUCAUUAGCAAUGGGAAAAGCUGCACAAAGAAUAUUAUUAAAACAGCCAAGAACCAAAGAAAUUGAACCAACACAUUUAUUUACAAUUAAUGACAGUUUUACUAGUAAAUUACAUCGUGUUAAAAUACAAACAGUUGCUGCUAAAGGUGAAUCUGAACCAGAAAGAAAAGAAACACGUAAUAAAGUUGAUGAAGAUCGUAAACAUGAAAUUGAAGCAGCUAUUGUCAGAAUAAUGAAAGCAAGAAAACGAAUGCCUCACAAUGUUCUUGUGUCAGAAGUAACAACACAAUUACGUGUUAGAUUUUUACCAUCACCAAUGAUAAUUAAAAAAAGAAUCGAAGGUUUAAUAGAACGUGAAUAUUUGGCAAGAACGCCAGAAGACAGAAAAAUGUAUACUUACGUUGCUUAACCAGUGAAAUUAAACAUGAAAUAAAUUUAAAUAACCAAUAAGGACAACAACAAAUUGUCACUGGUAAAAUUGUUUGGUGAAUUUUAAUUUUUAAAAAAUAAUUAAAAUGAAAAAAAUAUAUAUAUAAGUAAUAAAAAAAAAAAUAAAUCAAUCAAGGAGAUAAAAAAAUAAUAAUAAUAUAAACUUUAAAAGAAAAAAAUUUGAUUUUUUUUUUUUUUUUUUCUUUUGGUUUUAUAUAUUUUCUUUAUCAAAUUUUGUGAUUAAAAUAUAGAUCAUUUUUUUUUUUUUCUUUUGCUGUAAAUUUUUAUUUAAAAAUUUUUACAAAAUACAAUUGUUAAGAAUUAAAAUUAAAAACAUAAAUAUCUAUGUUUUACGAUUUAAUUGAUAAGAAUAUUGUCAAGUAAGGUUUAAAAAAAAAAAAAAAAAAUGAAAAAUAAUUAUUAGAUUUAAAU